AUGAAAGUCCCUAUUGUUUCGUCUUGUCAAGAGACUGGAGAGAUUCUAGAUAAAGAUCUAAUUGAAGCUCUUGGAUACUUUGUCGAAGACAUGGAGACGCCAAUGAUCAAGUCGACGAAAUUCCAGGAUGGAAAUAAGAUGGACGCCAUGUUGUUCUCGUUGGAACAUCAAGAAUUCGUGUCUUCGACUCCACAGGAAACAAUUGAUAAGAAAAAUGGUAGGAGGAAAGAAGAUGGGACGUUGUUCAACAUGUCUUUGGGCCAACAACAACAACAACAAGAACAACAGCAACGACCUGAGAAGGGGUUGCAAUCGGGAUUGAAAAAAGUUGAUAGACGACAGAGACCAAAUUCGACCUCAAAGCGACAUCAUCGUCGACGUCCAAAACAUGAACUUGAGUACCUGCGAGCAAAAGUGCGGGAACUGGAGGAAAAACUCGAGACAGUAACGAAAGCACAUGUGAAUGCCAUUAAUAAGAGCGUCGCUCUUGCUGCAAUUGACACUACGAUAGGUUGUUUGAGCUGGAAGGAACAUGCUGAACGCCAAAAACACGAGGUUGCUAUCUCCAUUAACGAGAAUCGCAAGCUACGUGACCGACUGCUGCGUCAGCUUUACGUCGCACGUGUUCUUGAAGCUGCCAUUCGUCAGCACCAGGUUGAAGCAGGUACAUAUGAUUUGUUAACAAGUACAGGCAUCUGCAGAGUGAGACGACCUCUCAUGAAUAAGACAGACGAGCAAAUCUUUGCACUAUUGAAUAGCCAGCUUGAGCAACAGUUUGACCAAGUUGAUGGCGUUGACGGGGUUUUCACAACCCAUGGAUUGUCUUCUGUGCUGCGCCACUUUCAGGGUGGCUUUGACUUCAAACGAGAAGAAAAUGGAACAUCGUUUCGCCAUGAGGAAGCACGAUUGCUACCAUUUCCGUUGCAGUCACUACAUAAUGCGAUUUGGAGUACUUUUCACAAUGGUUUGGCGGGGAAAGACACAAAAGCGAAAGUCCUUGACAAUGACCGUUCGAAUCUCAUUAUGCGCGGUACAAUAGAGCUGUCGACGUCGCAUCGGGUCUGUAUAACAAAAAGAGCUGCUUUCCGUCGACACUUGGAGCAAGAUCGUGUCGUGUUUGUCUGGAGCAGCUUCGUUCAGAUCGACGGGUCUGUGUCAAUACGUCUUCGAGAGAAAGGAUGGAGCUGUGCAUCAACGUUUGAGCUACAUCGUGGUGUGACACAGGGCAGUAGCAGCUCAAGCAACUUUGAACGAGGUUGCAUUACUCGCAUGACUGUUCAAUUAGUUCCUGAAGUGUCCAAGUUUAAAUCCGAGCAAGAGGCUGAGGAGAUAACAGAUCUUAUUGUUGACACGUAUCACCACGAUUUUGGUCUAGUGCAUGAAGUUGCAGAGACGCUUUUCCUAAAAGAUGCUGACACCACAGACAACAACAAGGGCUCUCCGCUAACCAGUGUUGUGUGCAUGUAA